AUGGAAGAAGCAUCAAAACAACGUAAAGAACGUCUUGAAGCUUUAAGAAAACGUAAAUUAGGAAACGAACCAGAAAAUAAUAAAGAGGAAGUCAAAGAGGAGGGUAAAAAUGAAAAACUGCCAUUGAAAUUUCGUAAUUAUACACCAAUAAAUGAGGAUAUAAAAGCCAUAUCAAAAAUCAAUAUUUCAACUCCAAAGGAUAUAACGGAAACCUUAGAAAAAACAGUUGAAGAAGUUACAAAACAAGUUAAAGAGGAGGAAGAAAAGAAACGUGAAGAAGAAGUGGAUCUAUUUAAUUUAGCGCCCAAAAAACCAAAUUGGGAUCUUAAGAGAGAUGUAGAAAAGAAAUUAGCCAAAUUGGAUAAGAUUACGCAAGCUAGCAUCGCCGAAUUAAUAAGGAUUAGAUUGCAAGGAGAAUCAAAUGAGAAUUCGACAGUUGAUUUGGUUGACGCCAUUAAUGCACAACAAAAAGCCGAUACUGAUGGGGAAGUGUCUGAUUAG